AUGUCGCGACACAUCUACACUCGGCAUAAGAUCGGUGAAGGGCUACAGGCGCCCAUCUUUCAGGUGAACAGAGGGACGUACUCACGGCGCAGUCGGCUGAAGAGGUCUGAUGGCAGCACCACGUCCACCAGCUUCAUCCUCCGCCAGGGUUCAGCUGAUUCCUACACUAGCAGACCGUCAGACUCAGAUGUCUCCCUGGAGGAAGAGCGGGAGGGAGGCCGGCAGGAGAGAGAGCAGCAAGCGGCCGUGCAGCUCGAGAGGGCUAAGGCCAAAGCUGUGGCCUUUGCGGUGAAGACCAACGUGUGCUACUGCGGGGCCCUGGAUGAGGACGUCCCCGUCGCGGGGACCGCCAUCUCGUUCGAUGCCAAGGACUUCCUGCACAUCAAAGAGAAGUACAGUAAUGACUGGUGGAUCGGGCGGCUGGUGAAGGAGGGCUGUGAGAUCGGCUUCAUCCCCAGCCCCCUGAAGCUGGAGAACAUCCGCAUCCAGCAGGAGCAGAAGAGGGGGCGCUUCCACGGGAGUAAGUCCAGUGGGAAUUCCUCCUCCAGUCUAGGAGAGAUGGUUUCAGGCACUUUCAGACCCAACGCACCUUCCACAGGGAAACAGAAACAGAAAGUGACCGAACACAUCCCCCCCUACGACGUGGUCCCAUCCAUGAGGCCGGUGGUCUUGGUUGGACCCUCGCUGAAGGGAUACGAGGUGACAGACAUGAUGCAGAAAGCGCUCUUUGACUUCUUGAAGCACAGGUUUGACGGCAGGAUAUCUAUCACGAGGGUCACAGCGGACAUAUCUCUGGCCAAGAGGUCGGUACUAAACAACCCCAGCAAGAGAGCCAUCAUCGAGAGGUCCAACACCAGGUCCAGUUUAGCGGAGGUCCAGAGUGAGAUCGAGCGGAUCUUCGAGCUGGCCAGGUCCUUGCAGCUGGUCGUUCUGGACGCGGACACCAUUAACCACCCGGCCCAGCUGAUCAAGACGUCCUUAGCGCCCAUCAUCGUCCACGUCAAAGUGUCCUCUCCGAAGGUCCUGCAGCGGCUCAUUAAGUCGCGGGGGAAGUCCCAGAGCAAGCACCUGAACGUGCAGCUGGUGGCUGCGGACAAGCUGGCCCAGUGCCCCCCGGAAAUGUUCGACAUCAUCCUGGACGAGAACCAGCUGGAGGACGCGUGUGAGCACCUGGCGGAGUACCUGGAGGCGUACUGGCGCGCCACCCACACCUCCAACAGCACCCCCCUCAACCCCCUGCUGGGGAGGAACCUGGGCUCCACCGCCCUGUCCCCCUACCCCACCGCCAUCUCCGGACUCCAGACCCAGAGAGUGAGACACAGUAAUCACACGGCGGAUCACUCCCCCAUCGAGCGCCGCAGCCUCAUGACGUCGGAUGAGAACUACCACAACGAGCGGGCGCGCAAGAGCCGCAACCGGCUGUCGUCGGGCUCCCAGCACAGCCGGGACCACUACCCCCUGGUGGAGGAGGACUACCAGGACCCCUACCAGGACACGUACAAGCCCCACCGCAACCGCGGGUCCCCCGGAGGCUACAGUCACGACUCCCGCCACCGGCUCUGA